AUUGCAAUGUGUAUUGAGUUCCUGAGGUAUCUUGUCUCCUUUUUUGUAUAGAUCUUUAGAGUUUUACCACUCCUACUUUUCAUGUUAAUAGUGGAAGGCGAAUUGGGAGAUGGCAGGGGCAUAGGAAUGAGAUGUUUGUGGCCAUUUUCUUUUUUGCUUUUUUAUUAUAUUUGGAUAAAGAUCCACCUUAAAAUUUCCUUAAUCCCUUCCUGCCCCCCCCCCCCAUCGUCUUUUCACUACUGCUGCUUCCAUAUAGAGCAUUUUGAUAGGUAGGGAUGAAAAAUUAAAUGCCACAGUGAGUAGAAAUAACUGCAAAAGUAAUAAAUGUGACCAUCUGGAAAUGUGCUUCUCCAUCUAAAAUACUAGGUUCACCAUCAAGAUCCCUAUGGGCAGAUUUCACCUCAGUUGAUAGUCAAAAACAGUAAGGAUAAAAAAGGAUUCAUGCUCAGGGAAUGAAUCAGCCAUAGCUAGAGUGGGAAAUUUUCUUUUAAAGGCAUAUUUGAUGUUUACCUUUAUUUCCCUAGAGUAAAUUGUUUUAUAAAAAAGAUGUUUAUUACCAUUAAUAACAGUCAUUUCAGAGACAGAGUUAAGAAUGUGAUAUUGAAAGGGUCUUAGCUGGGCUUGCUUGGGUAGCUUCAUGCUAUGGUAUGGAAGAGACUUAGGUAAAUGACUUACUUUUUCUAUCAGAAGUGAGUUCUAGUAUACAGUAUCUGUUAUUGGAAAAACAGCUGUUUCUUAAGAUAUCCAAGUGAUAACUUUCUUCUACACUAUCAGGCCUAUUAGUGCUAAUAAAUCUAUCCGCCAUCUCCUCUCCUUUUAAACAAAGCCAAACAAACGUAUGAUGAGAAGAAAUGGAGUAAAGAUAUUGGCCGGGUCUGAUGGAUGGGAUGAAUGAUUUUAUGAGAUAAUAUGGUGACAGUUUUAUUCUAGGAUUUUUAUUUUUGGCCUAAGGUAAGAAUGUUAAAAAAGGCUUUCUAUGAAAAUUAGAAAAUUGUACUUGAUACUAAAAAUUUAGAAGGGGGAGAACCUUAAAGCCAAUUUAAAGGAAACCAGUGAGACAGUGACAUUCAGGAAAGGAUACUAUUAACUAUUUAAGUGAGGGCCCAAGAUACCAAUUUCCACAAAGUUUUGAUUUUUAUACACACACAUACACACAUUAUGCACAUAUGUAUGUGUGUAUGUUUUUUAACAGAUUUUUUUUAAUUUUGAGAUAAUUUUAGACCUUCUGAAGAGUUGUAAAAUGAGUAGUUUAUGUGCAUCUUCAUUGAACUUUCCCUUAUGUUAACAUCUUAUACAACUAUAGAACAUUUGUCAAAUUAAGAAAUUAGCCUUGAUACAAUACUGUUAACAAAAGUAGAGAGUUUAAAAAGUAGAGAUUUUCUUGGUCUUUUCAGUGAUGUCCUUUUACUGUUCCAAGAUCCAGUGCAGGAUCCCACCUUGCACUUAGUUGUCAUGUCUACAUAGUGUCUUCCAAUCUGUGACAGUGUAUCAUGACAUCUGAUGUCAUAAUGUAUUUCUGGUGUUGUUAACCUUAAUCACUGAGGUGGUGUCUGCUAGGAUUCUCUACUGUAAAAUUACUAUGUUUUUCUUUGUAAUGACUAUUUGCUGGAGCUACUUUGAGACUAUGCAAAUGUCCUGUUUCUGCUUAAACUAUUGCCCACUCAUUUUCGCAUCCAUUGCCAGAUCUUGCUUGUACUUCCGACCUCAGCCAGAGACUCCGCGCGCUGGCUCAGAGGGCAAGACACGCCCCACGCACCGCCCGUGCGCUCGGCGCUCCGGCUCCCUGCCCGCAGGAAGGAGCCACAUCUCGCGCGAUUCCUUCCACUUCUCGCGACACUUCCUGCCAGUCCCCUGCUGCCUUCCUCGCCCCACCCAUCGCUUCCACGCCGCGGUCCCGGCCACCUCACCUUUGCUCUUAGUAGCUUGGUUUGCCGCUCACCCGCUGGGAGCGCAGUGGAGACCGGUGUUGGGCACGAGCCUGGCGGGGCCGCAGGCUCCGCCCUGCUCCGGCCCGCCCCGCCCGGGCUCAGGGGAAAGGCCGCCGCGGGGACAUGUGCCCCCCUCAGCGAGGACAGGAGAGUGUGAAAGGCAGCGGGGCAGCCAGGGCUGGAAGCGGGAGGAGGCAAGUCCCCGAGCUCUGAGGUCCCAGAUCCGGGCUGCAGAAGGCCCAGGGUCGUGGGGAGAAGGGACACGCCAAGGUGGCCGAGAUUCUAAGGAGACAUGGAUUCCUUUUAACUCUGAGGAUUCACAGCAGCUGGAAGACGCCUAUGGUUCUGGAAAAGAUUGCAAUGGCAGAGUUGUCCCCACUGAUGGGGGCAGAUAUGAUGUGCAUUUGGGGGAGAGGAUGCGGUACGCUGUAUACUGGGAUGAGCUAGCAUCAGAAGUGAGACGAUGUACCUGGUUUUACAAGGGAGACAAAGAUAAUAAGUAUGUUCCCUACUCUGAGAGCUUCAGCCAAGUAUUAGAGGAAACUUACAUGCUUGCUGUAACUCUGGAUGAAUGGAAAAAGAAACUGGAGUCUCCUAACAGAGAAAUUAUUAUAUUACACAAUCCAAAGCUUAUGGUGCAUUACCAGCCAGUUGCAGGGUCUGAUGAAUGGGGUUCAACACCCACUGAACAGGGUCGACCAAGAACAGUGAAGAGAGGGGUUGAGAACAUCUCUGUUGACAUUCAUUGUGGAGAACCUUUACAAAUAGAUCACUUGGUUUUUGUAGUCCAUGGGAUUGGACCAGCUUGUGAUCUCCGCUUUCGAAGCAUUGUACAGUGUGUUAACGAUUUUCGCAGUGUUUCCUUAAACCUACUACAGACACAUUUUAAGAAAGCCCAAGAAAAUCAGCAGAUUGGGAGGGUAGAAUUUCUUCCAGUCAACUGGCAUAGUCCUUUGCAUUCUACUGGUGUGGAUGUAGAUCUGCAGCGAAUAACUCUGCCCAGCAUUAACCGCCUAAGGCACUUCACCAAUGACACAAUUCUGGAUGUCUUCUUCUACAAUAGCCCCACCUACUGUCAGACUAUUGUGGACACAGUUGCUUCUGAAAUGAACCGAAUAUAUACACUUUUUCUGCAGAGGAACCCUGAUUUCAAAGGCGGUGUAUCCAUUGCUGGUCAUAGUUUAGGUUCGCUUAUAUUGUUUGAUAUCCUAACAAAUCAGAAAGAUUCUUUGGGGGAUAUUGACAGUGAAAAGGAUGCACCAAAUAUUGUCAUGGAUCAAGGAGACACACUGACACUAGAGGAAGAUUUGGAGAAACUUCAACUCUCUGAAUUCUUUAGUAUCUUUGAGAAGGAGAAAGUAGAUAAGGAAGCACUGGCUUUAUGUACCGACAAAGAUCUUCAGGAAAUGGGAAUUCCCCUAGGACCAAGAAAGAAGAUAUUAAACUACAUUAGGACCAGAAAAAAAUCAACGGGUAUUAAUAGACCAAUCCUGCAGCCAGCUUCAGGGGUGAAUAUAUCUAACAUCCCCAAAGAAUUGGAGUUUUGCAAUAAAACAGACUCUACUGGAAAUGGUGACUAUCUGGAUGUUGGCAUUGGGCAGGUGUCUGUAAAAUACCCCCGGCUCAUCUAUAAACCAGAGAUAUUUUUUGCCUUUGGCUCGCCCAUUGGAAUGUUCCUUACCGUCCGAGGACUAAAAAGAAUUGAUCCCAACUAUAAAUUUCCAACAUGCAAAGGUUUCUUCAAUAUUUAUCACCCUUUUGAUCCUGUGGCCUAUAGGAUUGAACCGAUGGUGGUCCCAGGAGUGGAAUUUGAGCCAAUGCUGAUCCCACACCAUAAAGGCAGGAAGCGGAUGCACUUAGAACUGAGAGAGGGCUUGACCAGGAUGAGUAUGGACCUUAAGAACAACUUGUUAGGUUCACUGCGGAUGGCCUGGAAGUCUUUCACCAGAGCUCCAUACCCUGCCUUACAAGCUUCAGAAACUGCAGAAGAAACUGAAGCAGAAUCGGAAUCGAGUUCAGAGAAGCUAAGUGAUGUUAACACAGAAGAGGCCUCUGUGGCCGUUAAAGAAGUCCCACCCAUCAAUGUGGGAAUGCUGAAUGGAGGCCAACGCAUUGACUAUGUGCUACAAGAGAAGCCCAUUGAAAGUUUUAAUGAAUAUUUAUUUGCUUUGCAAAGCCAUCUAUGCUACUGGGAGUCUGAAGAUACCGUAUUGCUGGUCCUCAAAGAAAUCUACCAAACCCAGGGCAUCUUCCUUGAUCAGCCUUUACAGUAAAAAUCAACUAUGUAUGGCUACUUAAUACACUGAAGGAUCCUUCCCCAGAAAAUCUACCUGCUUGUUGCUGCCGUUUUCCUCUCAGCCACGUCAUUUCUUGCAUGUUACCUGCCACUUACCACUGGGGUCUUUGGAAGAUAAUCUUUUUUGGAAGUGAGUAGAAAAGCAAAGAGAAGACCGUAUUGCUUUUUACCACUGGCUUCGUAUAAGCACUCGCCAUUCUUCAUAAUGGGGCGUGUUUGCAUCUUUAAUUCUUGGGUGACAGGUGCCAUCCUUUAUUUUUAUUGCUUAUUCCUUGAGACAGUGUAAAGUCUGUUUUGAGUUUAUUUUGGUUUGGGUAGACAGUUUUCUAGGAGGUUAUUGCUUGUCUUUAGAAAAUGCUCUAGUUUGGAAACAGGCUUGAGAUUCAGAAGGCAUUUUGGGGUACACAUGUCUCAUUGGUGUUCUCUGCACUUGAAGGCUAAGUGGGUGUGUAAAAGACUGUUGAGCAAAUUCUUUUGAGUCCACUUUUCUUUCCUACAAGUACUUUGUGAAGGACCAAAAUGUAGCUGGGAGAGAGUUAUUGUUUAUUCUCUACAGCUGACAGUUGAUCAGAGGAAUCACUGAUGCUGUUCAUUAUUUUCACAGCUGUUGGAGCUGCUCUCAGAGUCUAAAGUGGAUAGUUUAGUUCACAUUAGGUGCAUCUUUAUAAAGCAAAGAUGUUAUAUAUCCUAGACCUGUCUUUUUAUAUCGUGCUUCAACUUAGGAGAGUUUAGAUGAAAUUUGACUUAGUUAUUGGAUAGUAGCUUCUUUCUUAAGUUGAGGGCAAAGUUAUACAAGCCUUGACAGGCUGCUUUGGUUAUAAAUAAAAAUCUUUCAGGAGUACAUUUAUGGUGAAAUAGAAUCUGUGACAGUCAACCACCAUAUCCACUUGGGUGAAGGUAGUACUGUGUGUUCUGUUUGAAAACAUUUUGUAAACACCAUUGCCUUCCUUGGUACCCAUAAUCCAGAAAAUGUAUUAGAAGCCUCAUGGCACAGGCAGUGUUGGUUGGGCAGGUUGGUUUGGCUAGGGGAAAUGUUUCUUUUUCUGCAAGAAAAACCUAUGCCUGUCGGGGCCAAGGAACAGCUAUUGCAGUCAUUGUCAGAGCAUGCAAAGUGAAGGGUACCUUGAAGAUGAUGGGUGCGUGUAGACUAACUUUUUCCAGGCAUCUGCUCACCACUGUGCUGUUUUCUUUCUCAUUGGUCAGUUUGUCUUUGCAGUUCUCUUUGUGAUAGUCCUUUACACUCCAUAGGCCUAUAACAAUGGCACAGGCAGGCAAGCUGUGUUUUCGUUUUUUAUAAAAAAAUGUUUUUUUGUAAACGUAUCAUGGUAUCCAGUGCAUUGGCAUGUAACAUUCACUUCAGCCAUCCCUUCAACUGCAGUGGUCUUUAUCCCUUUCCAGAGAGGAAAGGAAAAGGAAGUUAAUCACUGUCACCUUAGAGAUGGUAGAGGUGAGGUUGGGGUACAGGGUCAGUGCCUGGCCUUUCCUUGUCCAUCUGCUUUACAGGCUAAUGCUGACGUAGCCACUAAGAAGUGUCAGAUACAUGGAAUACUUUUCUAUAUAAACUGAGUGUGAAGUAAGGGUUACUGAGAAUUAAGUAGCAUUAAUUAUAUUUUAGAGGGGAAGCUUUUGUCAAGUUGUCUUCAAAUUUAAGUUUAUUCUUCCUAUUAGCAGAAUAGAGCGUAUUUAAGAGUAAACCAAAGGACAAGCAAGGAGGAGUUCCUGUAACCAAAGAUGAACAGCAUACCCCUGGGAUAGCUAGAUCAACCACUGCUGGGAGUAAGAAAUGGUUCUUUCCUGAUGGGGAGGGGCAGGCAGCUGUACAAGAGCUUGAUAUCUCGUCUUUCCACCUGUGGUAGCAUCAUGGUUGCACAUCACAUAGGAUGAUAGGCUUGAUUUAAAUCCUUUAGUUAUAUAUUAUUUGCACUACUUUGGUCGUAUCAUGUGCAGUGUCUUGACCAAGACUAUUUUUCAACUGUAGAGUAUCAUUUUAUACAUAUUUCCUGCUACAGAAUUUGUAUUGCUUAUUUCAGCAACAGAUUGUCUGCAUGGAAAGAUUAAUAGUACUGAUUAGCUUUCUAAUAUUUUGCACUUUUUGAAAUGUUUGUUUUUUUACAUGAUUAUAUUUAAAAGUUUAUGAAAUACUGAAAUAAAACCAUAUUGACCAGUU